CAACAAUGCUUUGGUUGGCAGUUUUCUCAGCACUGACUCUUUCGGUUCCGGCUUACAGGUUUUGGAGCUGCAGUUCCAUUCCUGAGGUUGAACAGGUUGAAUUCUGUCGAGCUGAUAUUGUUUUUGAAGUGAAUAUAACAUCUCUAAGAUGGUUUGAUGGUAAUGUUGACUACAAAUAUGUUGUAAACAAAGUCUAUAAGGGAAAUACUGAGAAUAUAUCAUCGAUACUUAUGGGACCGAGUGAUAUGGACACAUACCCGUGUUACGGUUAUGACGAAGCAUCGCUAAAAAAAUGGUUUCGGUUAAGCGUGAACACAACUUACAUUAUUUACGCCGGUUUUAGCACGUAUUUAUUCAGGCAAUGGCCCAUUCCUGAACUUGUGAUGACUUAUGUAAAAAAUACUGCUAAAAUUACAAACAUGGACAUUGAACGAUGGACAACUAAAUUCGACUGCAACUGUAAAAUAAACUAUGACAAAGAAGCAUUGAAUGGCCGACCAUCCCAGGGACUUCCAAAGCCAAAACCAAGCGAGUGUAACGCCCCGAUAGAUUUCUGUCCAAGAAGUGGGUUCUGUAAGAAAAAUCAGAAGGGCAUCUGUCAUUGGGGUAAUCAUGGCAAGUGUAAUUACUGAUGUCGACACAGAUCUAUCAAAUGUAUUUUCCAUAAUAAAGUGAGU